GUUUUAAUAUAGGAUAAUAACCCGGAAACGAUAGGAAAACGGGUCAUGAAACACACGCGUGUGCAAGUGUAACGCGAAAUCGCAAUCUACAGCGCAGAGAAGUAGUGGUGGCACAGCGCUACCGGGGUGAGUUUUAAAGUUGACAUGGGGAAGUCUAAGCAGACGGGCAACCACAAAAGUGACAAGAAGAAGAACAUUGCCAAGACGUGGAAGACGAAGCGUCGAACAAAGGACCUCGAUCAGAUUCACGAUGACAUGAAGCCUGACAAUGCAGCCAGGCUGCUUAAACAGGAGCCAGACUAUGAUGUCACGGGGUGCGCUCAGUUCUACUGCCUGCAUUGCGCGCGAUAUUUUGUAGAUUUAAAAACCAUGAAGGACCACUUCAAGACCAAAGUACACAAAAAACGGCUGAAGGAGCUGCGGAUGGAGCCGUACACCCAGGCGGAGGCAGAGAGGGCAGCAGGGAUGGGCUCCUAUCUCCCCCCCCAAAGCGUGCAAGUGCAGACGCAGCCUGUGGAGGAGGAGAUGAGUUAACUGCAUGGCAGCUGGGCCUCUGUCCCCCCAGCCUGUGGAGGAGGAGAUGAGUUAACUGCAUGGCAGCUGGGCCUCUGUCCCCCCAGCCUGUGACGGGACUGGGGGGGGGGGGGGGGGGCGGGCGGUAGCUCCCCCUGUCCCUCCCAGGGGGCUUUUAUUGUGCAACAGGAACACAUAUUUAUGUACACGCAUGUAAAUAUAGCAGGUUUGUGUACAAUCUGUGUACAGUGGCCUACAGGCAUAAUAAAGGUCAGAACACGGA